GACUUUCAAACUUUUAUUUUGGACAAACAUGAGUGAAAAGGAUGGCAAGGAACUAGUUAAGGAUGUCCAGGCGAAAUCCCCUGGACUCAGUCAGGAGUGCCAGCCUUGCUCCUAUACUUUUUGCGAAUUCCACAACGAAUCCCAGCUGAAGGUGGUUCAGAAUCUGAUCGACAAGGAGCUCUCUGAACCCUACUCCAUAUACACCUACCGCUACUUUGUCUACAACUGGCCGAAUCUCUGCCUCUUCGCCAAGGAUGGCGACCGGUAUGUGGGAGUGAUUGUGAGCAAGUUGGAGAUGACUCUGGCGGGUGUGGCGCAGGGCUACAUAGCCAUGCUGGCGGUGGACGAGAGCUACAGGAAGCGGGGAAUCGGCAAAGCCUUGGUGGUAAUGGUCGUUGAGGCAAUGGCUCUGAUGGACGCCUCUAUGGUCGUCCUGGAGACUGAGACGACCAAUAAGCCAGCGUUGGCUCUUUACCAAAGUUUGGGAUUCAUCCGAGAGCGACGUUUGCCACGAUAUUACUUGAACGGAGUGGAUGCCUUUCGCCUCAAGCUGAUAAUCAAGGAUCCUGGGCAUCUGCUCGACAGCGAGGAUUGACGAUUAGCCCCAUUUCUGUUA